AUGGCUAGCUUGAAGGGCCUCAAAUUCCUGUCACUAGAGAGAAACUUCUUUGUGUCGGGGUUCAUCGUUGGAAGAGUGUGCGCGCAAGCUGCCAUUAACCUUGACUGGAACUGCUUCGCUGCCAACGACAUUCCGUGCCUCAUGGACUCGGCUCAGAGUGUCUACUGCUCCGACUUUUGCGGACUGGCAGGCCCUACCAAUCCUCCGUGUGGUGGCCUUGGGUACUGCGGCGGCUCGUCAAACUUUUGGGAAUUCGGCUCCAAAGAAUGCUGGUGCUUGGAGGGGUACAAGAGAGGGGCGACGUGCGCUCCUCUUCUCGAGGCCUCUCAAGCGCAAGUGCUGAAGCAGUUGCAGGUGCUGUGGGGCACGGGGGACAACGAGCAGUGGCAAACGGAGACCAUCUCCUCCCUCAUGCGCUUUGUCGCUGUUGACACUCAGAGCUUCAUUGUUCGCCUCGACUUAUCCAACCAAUGGCUCCCUGGAACCAUCCCAUCGGUGCUCUCGUCGCUCACUCGCCUCACACAUCUGAAUCUGUCAAGAAACUCAUUUGCAGGCACCAUCCCUGCUUCCUUUGCCAGCCUUGUCAACCUUCAGAAUCU